GAGUGGGGCCACUCUCGUUAUUCUGGGUUGUGGAAAUCUGCAGUGAAUAAGCUCCAAAUGCGCUUCACAGACGAAUCUUAAAUAUAACAGGUGUGCCUUUUUUAUUGUCUAACCCAAUACAGUACCGUCAUUCUAUUAAAACCUUCAAUUGCUUUUGCUGAGUUUCUGGUCUGAUUUGAAAACAAAGAAAGAAAGACAAAGAAAGAAAAAGAAAGAAAAGAUUCAGCAGUUCCCAAGAACACGGAAAGAGGUCUCCCUUCAUUCAUGUACUGCACCUGCAACAGCCUGAAGCAGGUAGGCUAGCGAGUGACUGGCUGCCUUGUUCUGCAGUUUGAGGUCGAGUACAGAGAGAAGGGGACAGAGGCAUUAGGGAGGAUCGUGACAGAAGAACACCAUAUGAAAGAAAAAACACAGGACACUCAGCUGGCAUUAACGCAACAAUAGCGUAUCAGUGAGAUCGCUGCGAGAUAGCGCUGUUUCAUUGAACUUGAUGCACUGAAGAAAUGAACACACAGAUUUCCUCUGUCACGGGAACGGGAGCUCUCCCCUGGGCUCCUGGUCAUCUUGUCCAUGCGUGGUACCCGACUGCGUGCCAGCCUGCCUUGUGCCGCGGGUUGAGUGCGCAGCGCGGUCUCCAGGCAGGGCACCAGGGCGCUGCCCCGGCGAAGAGGCAUGGCAAGCACUGCCAAGUAGCGUGCAUCGGCGUGUCGCUGUGCCUAGCAGUGCUUGUGCUUGGGGGCGCCGGCACAGUUACCUGGUACUUACUGACCUACAGUUCAGCUGAGAGAAUGUAUUUCGGAGGAUCCUUGCGCCUCACAAAUGCCUCAUACAGUCCAGCUUUGACAGACAGGAACACUCCAGAGUUCAAGCUCCUAGCCAGCACACUUCAACAGCUGUUACGGAAAGCCUUCCUAAAUUCUAAACUGGACUGGCAUUUUCUAAGCGCCAAUGUGACAGCAUUCAGUGAGGGCGGUGCGGUUGCUCACUUUUCUCUCGUGUUUCUUGUGGAGGUUGAGGGCUGGCCGGAGCACAGUGCUGUCCCUGCAGCAGACGCUGUGAGUGCGCUGACCAGUCACCUCAGGGAGAUGACCUCCUCCCAUGGGAACAGCAGCGCUCUCCUUGGUCAUUAUGAAGUGGAUGCGGCAUCGAUUGCCAUUUAUGAAUCAAGUCUUGAGGAAUAUUUACUGUCUUCACAGGAAGCAUGUGCAGUUGUGGAUAACAGGAUCAAGUGGCACGGUCCAGCUGCGUGCCACUGGGAGCUGAGAGCGCCUGCUGGCCAGCUCGUUCAAACCACCUUUCAAAACGUUAUCAUGGAAGGGGACUGCCACUCAAACUCUAUUGCAGUGUACGACUCUCUGGCAGCUGGACAAGGACGGCUCCUCACAAAGGUCUGCUCCUCCAGCCAGCUCCCACCCCUCCAGCCCCUCAGCGUGGUUUCAUCAGGAAGCGUCAUGUUAAUCGCUUUCCAAUCACAAGAGAAACGCUUCAAUGAAUUGGAGGCAACAGUGCGAUUCAUAGAUGAUGUCAGUUGUGGAGGCAGGAUCACGUCCUUUAAUGGAUCUCUCUCCUCUCCGUUCUACCCCACUUACUAUCCACCGAAUCGAGACUGCCUGUGGACAAUAACUGUCCCUGCUUCUCAUCUGCGGAUUAGGAUUGGAUUUGUGACUCUGAAACUUGACGGAGUGCAAUCAGACUGUGAUAAAGAUUGGGUCUCUGUUAACAGUAAGAGGUACUGCGGUGUGAGUGCAGUGCCCCCAGUGGUGGCGAGCAGCUCCAACGUCCUUACUGUUCAAUUCCACACAGACUCAGCAGGGACCAGCAGGGGGUUCUUAGCGGAAUAUUCAAGCUUUAAUCCCAAAGACACUUGCCCAGGGAUGCACCCCUGCGGGGACGGCUCCUGUGAGCCCCUCAGCUAUAGAUGUGACGGCUGGAAUGAUUGCAGCGACAGGAGUGAUGAGCAGAACUGCACGUGUCCUGGAGGGUUGUUCAGGUGUAUGAGUGGAGAGUGUGUGCCUAGCACGCUGCUCUGUGACGGGACACCAGACUGCAAGGAUGAGAGUGACGAGGACAGCUGUAACGGAAAGGAGGGGGCCUGCACAUCCAAUGCCUUCCUCUGCAGUGACAGGAAGUGCAUGGCUAAACCGAACGCCCAGUGUGACGGUGUUGUGGACUGUCCCGACUCCAGCGAUGAGCAGCACUGUGACUGCGGGCGUCGCCCUGUCCUGCAGAGUCGCAUUGUCGGGGGCCAGAGCGCGGGGCUGGGGGAGUGGCCUUGGCAGGUGAGCCUUCACUUCCACCAGCGGGGGCAUACCUGCGGGGCCUCGCUCAUCAGCCAGCGUUGGAUCAUAUCGGCUUCCCACUGCUUCCAGGACUCGGGUGCGAGCAGAUACUCCAGUCCCUCUUUGUGGUCCGCGGUGAUUGGCACACACUUACAGAAUCUAACGGCCACCAAGCCAGUCACACACACGAUCAAGCGCAUCAUCACCCAUGGGCGCUAUGAUGAUGUGUCACUGGACUAUGAUGUUGCGUUGCUAGAACUGGCAGCCCCCGUGGUGUACGAUGAUAAUAUUCAGGCUAUAUGCCUACCGGCAGCCACACACGUGUUCUCCGUUGGGCAACGUUGCUUCAUAACAGGCUGGGGACUGCUCAAGGAAGAGGGCACACUUCCUGUGGUACUCCAGCAAGCCCCAGUGAUGAUCAUCAACCAGACCUUGUGUAACAGAUACCUGGGAAACGCCCUGAGCCCCAGAAUGCUGUGUGCGGGGUACCUGAGCGGGGGGGUCGACGCCUGCCAGGGGGAUUCUGGAGGGCCCCUUGCCUGCGAGGCUCCUUCGGGGAGCUGGUUCCUGGCUGGGAUCGUGAGCUGGGGAGAGGGUUGUGCUCGUUGGCACCGUCCGGGCGUGUACACAAGGUUAACGAAGUUCCAGGAGUGGAUACAGCAGCAGACUGAGAGCUGACACCUCUGCUGUGUUAAACCAGAAUGGCUGCAAAAAAACAACGACAGUCGAAGAAACAACUGAGCCAGUCCAUUGCAGGCUGUCGUCCACAGCUGUCAAGAGCUGCAUCUGUUGGAUUGAGCGUGAUGUCUCUUCAUUUCUCUUAAAGAGUGUAUUCACACUUGUUUUGUUUGGGCUGAUUUUUUCGGCUCAGCUAGUUUUACUCUAAUUAAACAGAGUCACUUCUCAAGAGGUGAUCUCAGUCCAUUUGAGCAAAAGGACUGAGUUUGGUUUGUGUGUUUCAGUGCAUUGUGAAAGCACAGUCAGUUCAGAAAAAUGUUGAAGUGAACCAGCAAAAAGAACGGAGUCCUUUAGAAGUGAACCGAGUUAUUUUGCACAGAGGUGUGUACAGUAUGUGAAUACAAAAGGAACUGAGUUAUUUUCCUCCAGAGUUUGUUUCCAAGCAAACUCAGUUCGGUUUGUUUAGAAACUAAACAUCUGUGAAAAUACCCCCCCCCCCCCCCCAACCAAAACCCCAGUAAAUUAGUGAAUGGCUCUUACGCAAGAAAAUAUACAGGUUUUACAAACUGCUGUCUGCACAGCCUAAUAGGGUAUUAAGCAAAUUAUACCUCGAUACCAUGAGCUUGGACUGAGCGCCAGUCCGCGCUGAGCCGGGUUCUCCCGCAAUGCUUCUGAACCCCUAUUCAUAGUCUAUCGAAGCUGAGUGAAACAUUUUCGACAGAUGUUGCCGGUGCUUUCCCAGCAAACCAAAACUAAGAACUACAGUAGUUUCCAAAUAAUAUUAUGUGUCACUGUCACAUUUUCACUGUGCUACUUACUGCACUUGUUUUAUUCACUUCUGUUGGCUUUUUCUAGUAAAAGAGGACAACUUGCGUGUUCCUAAUUAGGUAUAUAACAAAAAAACAAAACAAAACAAAACGAUGCUGCAUUGCUGCGUGGAAAUAGAUCAACAGCACGGAGUUCUGACCAACACUGUCUCUAUAUUACCACUAGAGGGAGCUCAUCUACUGCAAGCCUCACUGGUAUUCUGAACGAGUGGGGAACUGCUGCUGCCCAACUUGUACAAAUCUCUUUUUUUCAUACGUAUUAUUUUAGACAGUGAAAUGGAAUUAUAGGAUAUGCAUAUGUGUGCACCAUAAUAAGUUAGACAGUAAUUAAAUUCCUCGUUACAGAGAGGGAUUUUAAUGAA